AUGAAGAUUCCAGCACUGCUCGUAACGUGCCUCUACCUUUGGGGCUUCGCGUCCGCCGGCCAGAGCUCACCUCUGCUCGAGAUCGUGCAGGGUAGCGCGUCGGCCACCGCAUCCACCGCUGUGACCGCUAGAUCCGGACUUCGUGCCGGUCAGGUAGCCGUGGCCUCGCAGAAGGAUGCCACACUUCAGGCAGAUGCCUCAGCGGCCGCCGCGGCCGCUGCACGCGCUUCCGCCGACCAGUCGGCCAGUCUAGCCCAACAGUCGGCGUCUUUGCAGUCCAAAGCUGCCGCCAGAGCAAAAUCAGCCGAGGAGUCAGCGGCAGCUACGGCCAAAGCCGAGUUGCAGGCAGAAUCCAUUGCUGCAUCUGCCAGUUCCAAUGCCAGAGAGGCUGCAGCGUCCGCAAAAGCCUCCGCAUCCGCGAUGUCAUCGGCUGCCGUGCAGGCGAAACUCGCUGAAAAGACGGCCAAGAAUCAAGCUCUGGCUUCCGAAGAAGCCAAACUCAAGGCUGCCGCCGCUGCCAGCGCAGCAGCAGCAGCCAGCGCCGCCGCCGAGGCAGCCCUGAAAGCUGAGAGAAUAGCGGAAGAAGCCAUCGCCAAGGCGGCCGCUGCCAAAGCAGCCGCCAGAGCCGCUGCAGCCGCGUUAAACUCCGCGAAGGAAGCCGCCACGAGCAGCGCAAGGAGCGCCGCCGAAGCCGAAGCUAAGAGCGAAGUCGCUAUACUGAUCAGCGAACUCGACAAGAAGAGCAGGGAAGUCGCCGCUUCCGCGUCCGCCAAGGCACGCGCUGCUGCUGCGGCUAGCUCCAGAAACGCAGAAACGGCUGUUAUCGGAGCUAACAUCAAUGUGGCCAAAGAGGUCUUGGCGAUUCCCAUCGAGCCAAAGAAACUUCCGGAGCCAGAGCUGGCGUUGAAAGAAGAGAAUGUCGCGGUCGCGAGCUCAGAGAGUGAAGUGAAGGUAGAAACGAGCAGCGAAGCAUGGUCAAUUUAA